AUGAAAAAGUCGCCCGUUGCAGCAAUGAGUAACAUCCGCGACGCCGUCCGCCGCAAGAGCGUGGGACUGAACUUCAGUAUCUUUGCUCGAAGUGUGAGCUCCGCAGGCGACGACGACCGCUCGGAGCACGGGACGGGCGAAGAAGGCGACGACUCGCACGACGAGUUGGACAGCAGUCACUACGACCGAUCGCGACAGAACUCGACGCCGAACGACGACGAGGCGGACGGCUGCGUAUCGCCCGCGCUGAGCUCGCGGUCGUCGUACGUGGAGCCACCUGAGCCGCCGCUGCCGCCUCCCGGUGGACUGCUCGAAGCCGCGACAAAGAACGUGCAGGGAAAGAUGCAGACGCUGAUGGAGACGCUCCACGAAGUCACAACGUCUCACGACGACGAAUCGAUUACGUGCAGUGUCUUUCUAUCGAGGACAGCGUUGUUUUCCGAUCGACUUGUCGUGUUUAUUGGCGAUAGCGAUGGGUCUCCAGCUGGGAUCUGGAGUGCACGGUUGUGUGUGCGGUCGGGAUCGGAAGGGGGAGGUAUCUUUAAGGGCAGUUUGGGGUCGAUGCUGCCGUACGUGAUGAAGGCGAAGGAUGACAAGCUCGGGAUCGUAUUGUUUGACGACGUGUUCAAGGACUCGAUGCGGGACGGAGAAAUCGAUAUGAGGAGUGCUAUGCAGCGAUUUAUAACGGGCUGGCGCAACCACGUGUUGACUUCGCGAGCUACGCAUGUUUUCGUUGUGGCAUAUCGGGAUGGCGGCAGCCUCUUUGUCGAAGCUCUGCGAUUGCACAUGAAAGAGAUGCAGCGUCACAUUAGUGGUGUUGCCUUUUUGCAGUCUACGCAUCACAUUUCGUCGGAGGAUUCGUACACGUUGCGGAAGAUGAUUGCUCAGUGGUGUAUUGCGUACCUGUCAUCAUCUGAAGGCGUUCAGGCACUGAAGCGCAUGAAGUCCAGGGAGACGCCGUUGGGUUGCGUGGUGCUGUCGGGUGGCUCCGUGAACUCGGACGUGGACAUGCUGCAGCUAGUCGUCUCGUCAGUGUACGCGAGUUUCAAAGCGAGAUGGUCUGGUUUCCGUGUGAAAAACGUAAAUAGCGGCAUGGAAAAGUCGUGUUAUGCGUGCAACGGUGCGUUCAACAUGCGCCGUUGGCGCCGGCAUUGCCGCACGUGUCAGAACCCGUGUUGCGAAAAGUGUUCGUCAGUAGAGAACACACGCCACGAAGGUCAAGUGCGUCUUUGCUUGACAUGCCGAGCGCUGCCUUCGCUUAUCCACUGGUCCCGACCGCGUGCUGUUCGCACGGGCGAGAAGGAGAGUGUGUUUAGUGGAUCAGCUAAGCCUGGGAAAAUGUCGGUGAAUGACUUUGAGCUCGUUACGGUCAUUGGCCGUGGCGCGUGUGGUAAGGUGCUUUUGGUGCUGAAGAAGGAUGGCGUCGACGCGGGCCAUCUGUACGCGAUGAAGGUGCUGAAGAAGGAGUGGGUGAUGAACAAGGAUUUGGUCACGCAGACAAUGGCGGAGCGCCGCAUUUUGCAAGAGGCUGAUCAUCCGUACAUUGUUCAGCUGAAGUACGCUUUCCAAAACCAAGACAAACUGUACAUGGUGAUGGAGUAUUACAGCGGCGGUUCCCUUCGUCAAGUAUUACGUCGCCGCGGCCGUUUUAGCAUCAAGCGUGCACGGUUCUAUCUGGCUGAGAUUCUUCUCGCUAUUGCGCACCUGCAUUCGUCAAAUAUUCUGUACCGCGACUUGAAGCUCGAAAACAUUGUCAUAACUGCAGACGGCAAUGUCGCGUGCACGGACUUUGGUCUGUCGAAAGAAGAGAUGGACGACAAUGAGCGAACGAGCUCUUUCGUGGGCACGUGCGAAUACUUGGCACCGGAGCUGAUCAUGAAAGAGGGCUAUGGCAAGGCCGUGGACUGGUGGGCUUUGGGCAUCUUGGCGUACGAGAUGAUUCAGGGCGACUCGCCCUUCCGUCACAAUGUGCCUACCAUUCUGUUUGACAAGAUCCUGAAGGAAGAGCCCGAGUUUAGCGACCGCUUUACUCCAGAUGCUCAGGAUCUGAUUACAAAGCUGCUUACGAAAGACCCAGAGCACCGUCUGGGCUGUGGCCCCGACGGCGUCGAGGAGAUUAAGCAGCAUGCGUUCUUCACCGAGAUUGACUGGGACAAGUUGCUGCGCAUGGAGAUGGAAGUGCCGCGUCCUCCGCAUCGCAUGGAGGACGUGACUGACGAAAGCCAUUUGAAUCGGGCCAUUGCGAAAUUGCGCGAGGCACGUGAAGAGCUCAUGCCCGACUCGCCGGUAUCGCUGCCAUCGUCUCCGUCCGAGCAGAAGCACUUUGACCGCUUUUCGUAUCAGGGACUUGGCGACUGGAAGCCCGAGAUGGCCAACAUGGAGUUUGACGACGAGACGGGUGACUUUAAGCAGGGCACAAUUCACGAAGACGAGGAGUUUGAAGAGGAAGAGGACGAGGAGUACGAGGGGUGCAUCGAAGGGUCUGGCGACGGUGACGGUGUGCCAAUGUCUCCCGGGUCAAAGGUAAAUUCCAUGACGUCGUUCAAGGCGUCUCCGUCCAAAGCGAAUGGCUCGGACACUCCUCCCGCCUCGAGCUCAGCAGCGUCGGCGUCACCGAGGAGUCCACAGAGCGCGGGCAGCCCCGGCAGUCCGACGACCUCAGUACCCAUGACUCCCGUGGAUUCGGCGCCAUUACCGUCGCUGACCACGCCCACGGAGCCUCAGUCGCAGUCCAUUUAG